AUGGAAGCAGAAGAAGACAAGAUAAAAUGUAAUAAAAACUGCACAAAUGGAAAUGAAUUGUUGAUCUGUGGUGGAGAUGAAGAUGUUGAGAGCAUUUAUGGAACUGGAAGUAACUUACCAGGACCUGUACAGAACCUGAUUGUGAAUUUUACGACUGACGAUAAGAUAGUUUUAAUUUUUGAUUCUCCUGAAAGAAAUGGCACUGAAUUGACUGAAUAUGAACUGAGAGCAAUAGUUAUAGCUACAUACUCAACAAAUCCAUGGUCUAUGAGAAAUAUCACACGAAAAUAUCCAAAAUCAUUGAGGAAAAUUGAAAUGUCUGACUUGAUUCCAUCAACAGAAUUUAAUAUCACAAUAAUAGCUAAGAAUGGGGAACUAGACGGCGGUUCCAAAAGUGUAAUUGGUAAAACAAGAUUAAGCAAGCCCGAUCCAAAGCCAGACGAACCAAAAAUCAUAAAAUAUGAGAAUGGAAAGGCACAAGUAGAAAUAAAACGAGCAAUUAACAAUAACGGUCCGGUCUCAAACUACGUGAUUGUUGUACAUUUUGUUGACAAUGAAUUAAUACAUGACUUUGACGAAAGUCUCUUGACAACUUACCAGAAAGCUAGAGACGACGGACUAAGUUAUUAUAUAACAGCCGAAAUAGAGCCAUUUAAGGAAGACACAAAAGAAUUUUUAGUCGGCGACGGGGGGAGAUAUGGAAAAUAUUAUAAUGCACCUCUUCCUGAUAACGUCCAUUUUCAUAUUUUAAUUGGAGUUGUAAGCCGUCAUUUUGAUGAUUAUAAAGUUACUUACUCGAAUAGUUCCCACGACGAGACUUUUGAGAAUUUACAAAUACAUUCACACAAUGAUUCCAGUAGUGGACCCUCGGAUUUGAUUGUUAUUCUACUGACUAUAGCUUGUAUAAUAUGUGGACUCAUUCUUGUUGGUGCUAUUGUCUUUUAUGGCUACAUCAAGACUAAGAUUAAUCCAAGAAUUCGAAGAUUUGAGCGUCACGAAAUGUCACUUCAAGGUCCAAUACUGGAAGUUGAUAAUAAUGGAUAUAUAGCAGAUGUAAGUGGAAUAAACUUUAAAGAGAAACUUCAGGAAGUGCUAUUAAGUCUCGAUGAUGAUCAAAAAAUAAUCAGGAAGAGUUUAUCACUUGAUAUUGACAAUAUUUUAGGAAUUGGAUCGUUUGGUGACAUCAUUCGUGGACAACUGAAUUCAAACAUAAUUUGUCAAGUUCAUGUAGUCUCUGCUGACGAUAUGGAUCCACCAAUACAGACAAAAUUCAUUCGUGACUUGAACAGUCUUCUUCAAUUUGGUUUUCAUCGUAAUAUGUUGAAUUUUAUGGGCAUUUGUCAGACACACGAUUGGUUCUUUGUGGUUUUUGAAGACGUUCCAGUUACGUUGAAGCAAUUUCUAUUGUCUAAUAGACAGGAAACGAAUUUGUCAAGUCAACGUGUGACCAAUUUGAAUGAAAAUGACAUUUUGAAAUUAAUGUAUGAGCUUGCAGAGACACUUGAAUAUCUGCAGUACAAUAAAGUCGUCCACAAGAACCUCAACUCUUAUAAUGUGAGAAUUAAGAGACAUAAUUCCUCAUAUACAGUAAAAUUGUCUGUUUUUGGACCAACUUUAUACACCAUGGGAGAUGAUGGAAGUAAGAAUUUGAUUGAUGAGGAACGAUGGCAUGCACCGGAAGUUUUAAGAUUCCAGAAGUUCUCACAUGCCAGUGACAUUUACAGUUUUGGAUUAAUAUUAUGGGAGAUGUGCUGUUUAGGUGCCACAAUUUAUGGAUCUGUGACCACAAAUGAUUUACUUACGAGAAUUAAGAAAGGUUUUCGACCUGAUAAGCUUCCAUUCAUAUCUGAGGAUUUAUAUCAGUUGAUGCUUAAUUGUUGGGAGCUUGAUCCGCUUGAAAGAUCAGAAAUUAAUGACGUAGCUGGACAUUUGAAGCAAAUGCAGUCAUUAGCAAUGCAUUAUCUUAAUUUUAAUUACGAUGGACAAUUACCAUACUUCCUGCCAUUAUUGGAAAUUAAAAAUUAA